AUGGCAGGAACAGGAGUUCCGCCAAUCAACAUCGAGGGCACCGCUGAUUGGUCAUCCUUGAGUAGGAUGAUGAACAGCAAGGGGAUUCAAUUCUCCAAAGCGAGGACGGCGGGUACCAGUGUGAAGGUAUUCACAAAUACACCAGCUGACUACCGUCAGCUAGUCGCACUGCUUGAAUCCAUCAAGCGGCCCUUCUUCACAUAUCAACUGAAGGAGGACAGGAUGGACCAGAGGGUCAUUCGUGGGCUUCCGAGAGAGAUGUCAGUCAAUGACAUCAAAGAGGAUCUGGAGAGCCAAGGCAUCGCAGACGCCGUGGUUCAGCAGCUGACCUCAGGACCACAAAGAGAAGCCACUUCCGCUCCUUCCUCGUCAGACGAAGAUGCCAGAAAAGCUUGCAGAGAUCCAGAGGCUGGCCAUGCUCACGGUCAGCUUCGAGAGGAAGAAAAAGUCUUCCGAGCCCAGCCAGUGCUACCGCUGCCAGCGGUACGGGCACACACAGCGGAACUUGCCGUCUCGCUGAACGGUGCGUUAAGUGUGGAGAGGACCACAACAGCACCACUGCAGUCUGUGCCAGCGCCGCCAACAGGGCAACGAAACGCCAAGUGUUGCCUCUGUGGAGAAGGCCAACACCCGCCACUACAAGGGAUGUAG